AUGGCAACUACUGUGGCAGCUGCACAUAGCCAAGUGGCAACAAACGAUGACUCGCAAGCUUCCAGUACCGAGAGAGGCUCAAAACCAAAUGUGUUGACAGUUUCACACGGUGAUGACCACAUACAGCUCGAGAAGGCCGCAACAAGACCUGACAUACACGAGGUGUCACAGGCACAUCCCACGUUGCUACGAACUACUACCAGCGGCACGACUGGCCCUCCUUUUUCGAUCUUCACAUCCACCCAAAAGAAGUUUAUCGUCUUCAUGGCUUCGUGGGCUGGCUUCUUCUCACCCGUUAGCGCAAACAUCUACCUUCCAGCACUGAACCCUCUCGCCAGUUCUCUGAAUGUUUCGUCUUCACUGAUCAACCUGACACUGACAUCAUAUAUGGUGUUUCAAGGCCUUGCGCCUGCCUUUGUCGGCAGUCUUGCGGAUAAUAUGGGCAGACGUCCAGCAUAUACUGUCUGCUUCAUCGUUUAUAUCGCUGCUAAUGUUGGGCUGGCACUACAGAAUAGCUAUGCUGCAUUGAUGGUUCUAAGAUGUGUGCAGUCAAGUGGCUCUUCCGCUACAAUUGCCAUGGCAAGCGCCGUUGUGGCGGAUGUUAGCACUCCAGCAGAACGUGGGUCGUACAUGGGUUUUACCUUGGCUGGGUCUCUGCUUGGGCCAGCAAUUGGACCAGUCUUAGGAGGAGUUUUGGCCCAAUUUCUAGGUUGGAGAGCAAUCUUCUGGUUUCUGGUUAUCUUAGCAGUAGCCUUCCUGACCAUCUUCUUGGUGUUCUUUCCUGAAACAGCACGCAGCAAAGUCGGCAAUGGCUCGAUUCCACCAGAAGGAUGGAACAUGAGCCUGAUGAAUUACCUCGCCAUACGUAGAAUAAGGAGAGAGCAGAUGUCCGACGACCACACCCCUGCUAACACAGAAACCACCGAGAGUCUACCCAAAAGCAAGAAGCGCUUCCCAAACCCACUAGCAAGUCUAGUAUUGCUACUCGACAAACAAGUGGCCAUCAUCCUCCUCUACAACGCUCUACUAUUCUGUGCGUUCUACGACGUAACAGCCACAAUCCCAUCCCAAUUCGCCAAGAUCUUCCACUUCAACGACCUCCAGAUCGGUCUCUGCUUCAUCCCCUUCGGCGUCGGCUCCAUGCUUGCAGCCCUCGUCAACGGCCAAUUCCUAGACCGCAAUUUCGCCCGCUGGUGCAGAAAGCUCGACAUACAAAUCAAGAAAGGACGAGACAUGGACCUGCGCAACUUUCCCAUCGAGCGCGCCAGACUCGAAAUCGCCAUGCCAGCCAUCUACACCACCAUCGCACUAAUCCUAGUAUGGGGCUGGCUCCUCGAAAUCAAUGGACCUCUACCUGCCUUACUGGUAAUCUUGUUCUUCACAAGCUUCAGCAUGAGCAUCGCUUUCAACGUCACGUCGACGCUCCUCGUUGAUUUCUACCCGACUAAACCCGCGACGGCGACGGCGGCCAACAACUUUGUGCGGUGUCUACUUGGUGCGGGCGCGACGGCGGCGGUGCUGCCGAUGAUUGAAGCUAUGGGGAGAGGCUGGACGUUUACGUUUUUGAGCUUGGUGCUGCUUGUGACGAGUCCGUUGGUUUGGUUGAAUUUUCGGUAUGGGAUGAAGUGGAGGGAGGAGAGGAGGAUGAAGGAGGAGAUGAAAGCACGGAUGAGUGUAGUGGAAGAUGGGGGAGAGAGCAUGAGCGGUAAAGUUAAGCUUGGGGGUGAGAAAGAUGCAGAUGCUCAAAAGAGGGAGCAGCCUGUGGUUGAAGGUGGUGCUCCUGAAUUGGCGGCUGUGAUGAAAGGAGAUCACGGUAAUGGAAGAGAUGGGAAGAAGAUGUAA